UUAAAUAACUUUAUUACAAAAUAGAAAAUCAAAUUAAAAAAAACUAUCCAGUUUUUCAUUGACUUUACAGAAUGGUCUGGUAAGUAGCUUUAAGUCAAGGUAUUAUUAAACAAAUUACAUUCUGUCUUAAAUAACAUUUUCAAUAUUGUAUUGAUGUUUGCAGUCACGUUUGUUUUAAACAGUAUUAAAAAUUUGUUCAAACCUUCUGCUUUAACAUCUGAUCGGAACCCCUGCCCAUGAAACACAAAUAUAUAUGUUUUUGCAUGAAUAGUAAACCAAAGCAAAACAAAAAAGCUACAUUUUGUCAACAACGUUUUAAAUUAUAAGCAAUCAAAAUGUCACAUUUUCUGUCAGAAUAAACAGCGCCACCACAUGGCUAAACGGUAAGUUGCGUCGACUUGACACGUUGACAAAGCUGUCCCGCCCUUAAUCGAAACUUUGGCGGCGCUACUAACUUCCUACUUGUUAUGAUAUACAAGGACAAACAAGAGCCGGAGAGAGGGGCGGGAGCUGCAACUGUAAUAACCGCGUUAGUCCCCGCUCUAACCGGCACACGACGUAACUUGAAACAAGCGCGCCACAGUGACGCAAACGCUUUGCUUUCAAAACGUCCUGGGACCAGGAAGUGGCGUCGCACAUCGGAGAACAGUCAAGCCCGUAAAUAAAGUUUCCAGUUUUUAUCAUGUAAAACUGCGAUAGCUAAGAGAAAACAAAAAUAAUAAAAAAUAAAACCAUAAUAUGUAUCUUUGGUCGACUAUUUAAAGAUAGUUAUGGCUCAAGUUUACCUACGAACAGUGCUUGCAACAGUAACGGUUACACUUUCUUCAUACAGUGAAGUUGUCUACUUUUCCUUGCUGCUUUGAGCUUCAUAUCGGUCAUGUAACGAGUAAUAAAGAGAGAAAUCCUCAGAGACAGUAUCCCAACAGUCAAUCAGAUAUCAGUGCUGUUAUAAACAUCUUUUAUGGAAAGAAAGAUUGAAGAAGACACAGCUCCUCAUGAGGAAGGUGGAGACGACAAUCCUCUUUGGACUCUAAAACAAAGCAGGUCAGAGGAUGGAGAUGAUGGUGUUACACUUGGUUGCCAUGCAUCGAGGACAGCGUCCAAAAAUCAGAAAGUCCCCACAGCCUCGCUGGCUUGUAGGGAAUCGGUGACCGGAUUGGGGAUAUCACGACAUGCGUCUGGAGGCGAAGCUGAAGUAGUUGAACCAGAGAAGGAGGACCCCUGUGACCGCACCAUCUCAAGCCUGUCCUCCUCUUUCUCGUCAAUUGUUCAUCCUUUCCUUUCUUCAUCUUCCUCAUCUUCCAGUGGCUCCGUCCUGUCUCUGACGCCACCUUUGCCUCCCUCUGUGGAGUUAUCGGCGGUUCUGACAGAUACAAGACUGACCCUGGAUGUGUACCAGGAAGGAGCAGCUGCGUUGCCUUUGUUAUGGGGGUCUGUCCCUGAGCGGCUGAGGGACCUUCAGUACCUGAGACUGGGCUCCGAGGAUAAAUCUGGGCUUGAUGCUGCGCUGGAUGUGCUUCCCCAUCUGACGGGGCUUCGCUCACUGGCCAUCCGGGGACACUGCCUUUGUGACUCACAAGGUGACCCCCUGCCUGGCCUCCUUACCACUUUGCCAGAUUCAGUGUCAACUCUGUCUCACCUGAAACACCUGGAUCUCUCCUUCAACCAACUCACCUGUGUGCCACCAUGCCUGCUCCGACUGCCAGCGCUGUCCGUGUUACUUCUCUGUCACAACCACAUCUCAGCUUUGCCUCCUGAUCUAGGCCACUUAUCAUGUCUAACCUACCUGUCCCUGAUGGGGAAUAAGUUGCUGUCUGUUCCCCCAAGCGUGGGCCAGCUGAAAGCACUGCAGAUACUUGAUGUAUCACAUAAUGUUCUCCAGCAACUGCCUGAUGAAAUUGGUUCCCUGGGGGAGCUUGUUAAGUUGGAAGUGUCUCACAACAAGCUGAAACAGCUGCCAGAGAGCAUGGGCUCUCUUGUUUCUCUCAGGGAACUGGUCAUCUACAGCAAUGAACUCCGGGUGAUCCCAAACUGUCUGAACAAACUCCCUCUGCUUAAAAUGUACGUUCGUGACAAUCCUUUGGGAAAACCUCCGACACCGCCUCCUCUGCCUCUCGUACUCGAUCACACACAGACAAAAGUUCCAAAGUUGCACCUUAAACUCAACCAGCAAAGUUUCUUUGUUUCGUCUGCUGGUUGUCAUGUGUUUCUCCCAGGGGGGGCAGAGCUGAUGUUCCCCCCCGGAUGCCUGAUGACAACCGCCAAAUUUAGGUGGGCUGAGAAAAGGCCAGACAGAAAGUGGGUGUGGCUGGAGGAACACGACAUCCUGCUGAGUCGUCCGCUGGAACUUCGUCCCCACGGAGUUGGGUUUUUAAAGCCCGUGGAGGUGUGUGUGCCGUAUCAUCGGGCAAAACGAGGGGAGGUGGUGUUGCGCACGUUUGAUGGGCAGUCAUGGAGCACUCUGCCGACUGAGCUAAGGAGAGGAAGUGAGGAGCAUAGUUGUCAUCCUGGGGGACGUCCAGCCAGGCUGGCGUGCUCCUCUGUGAACCACUUCUCCUGGUUUAUGGCAGUGUCCAGACCUGUACGGGAUACUUGCUCUGUUACACCGGCAGGAGCUCUUCUCGUGUCCAGCUCUGACCCUGGUAUAAAGCUUCACUUCCCUCCUGACUCCACAGCGCAGACUCGCGCUAUAACUUUACAGGUGCUGCAGGUGUCUGAGUUAGAGGUGCAGGCUCUGUGUGGUGAUCCUCAGACCAGAGUCAGCCCCCUCCUUUGCCUCUCCCAGACUCCCACUUUACAUUUCCUGCAGCCAGUUAGGGUCCAAAUCCCUCUCCCACCAGGAGUCACAGGGCAUACAGCUGAUUUGUCUCUAUUACAUCUGCUUCACGGAGAUCCCACUGCCCAAACCUGGACUGACAUCACAUCACAAGUGUCUCUAUAUGUUACCCAUCUGUACGCCAUUUUCUACAUUACACACUUCUCCUGGUACUGGCUGUGGUACACCUCAAAGCGCUGUGUUAGCGGGGUGGUCAGAAAGGUGUAUCAACGUCUAAAACAGUUCAAAGUCCAGUUCCUCGCCCUCCAGCGGAAGAUGGAUCCCGCUCAGGUUCUGGUGCAGUGCCUCCCUGCUAACAAGAUAGAGGUCAGAGUUCAGUCUUUGUCUGAGCAAUAUGACGGACCCCAGCCCUCAGACCUGUGUGACCUGCUGGAAGGAGAGCAGUUCUUCGCUGGCUUUGAGAGGGGCUUAGACAUCGUCACAGACAGACCGGAUUGUGUUGAGGGGCGUCUGUGUUUUGUGUUUUACUCCAGUCUAAAAAAUGUGAAGGAAGUAUACGUCUGUCCUACUCAGGGACAAAAAGGACCGGUGAGGGGACAGGUGUCAUUUUACAGAGGGGAGAUUCCCAGUAAUCUGCCAGAGGAAGUAGCCAGAAAGAGGAAAGGACCUGACAGCCAGUGGCUUGCGACUUUACCGUUAAGACUUCCUGAUCUGAACUCAGAGAACAGUUUUAACAUGGAGGAGCUCCAGUAUCCUCCCCUGAACCUGGGUGACCCUGAGAGUGGUUACCUUACGGAAGCCAACCUGCUGUCCAUCUCUCUGCAGAUUGGACAGGACUGGCGUGUUAUUGGUAUUAACCUUGGGAUGAGCUAUGAAGAGUUGGACCGCAUACAAUACAAAUAUAGGGACAACCUGGGUGCCUUAGUGCUGGACAUGCUGUUUCACUGGGCCCAGGGACAGAGGAAUGCAGGAUCUGGGUCAGUGUCCAGGCUUGUGGCCGCUAUGAUAGAAAGCGGCAGGAGGGAUCUGGCAGAGGAGAUCGAGGACAUAGUCAGUCUUGGAAGGAGAAAGUACACAGAGUCACUGAAGAGAGUUGGUCUGGAAACGGAGAGCUCCUCUCUUGGGGAAGCACAGCAGUAGACGAGGCCACACUGGGUACAGAUGGCUGAUUUACACUUGAGUUACCUGUGUGUUUACACUGAGGCCCCAAUCACCCUGUCUUGCUCUCUGAUCAACUGUUAUAAUGCACAAAACCCAGUCUGAGACACCAGCCACCAACUGGGAGUGCUUUUUAUAAGACUCUUUGUGAGCCAAAUGGAUGGACUGAAUCAGGACCUGUUGCAUGGUAUGCUGGCAAGUUAAAGAUAAAAGUGCAAAGCUGCUUCUAAUAUAAUUUAUUAGUAAUUGUGUAAUUUUUGUAACACUUUGUAAAUAUUUUGACUGUAGGAUCCUGCAGUUUCUUUUGAUGAGCAUUUAACUGGAAUCAUAAUAUUGCUGAAGAACAUCUGGAUGAAAACUGGGUUGACAGUGAUGUUGGUUUCCUGAAAAUUAUGUUGGUAAUUAAAAAAAUAUUACACCAAUGCAACUGACAAUACGUGUGCAUAUGUAAAAAUGUCUCUGACAUACAAUGAUAAUAAACAACUUAGUUUUUUUA